AUGGUUUACUCAACGCUGUCUCCUCCCCUGGACCUGUCACAUCACUUCUCCUCGGUCACGAAGAGACGGGAGGCGAGCGAAACAAAGAGCCUGUAUAAGUACUUUUUCAUCCCAGGCAUUGCGAACUUGGCUGGUGGCCUGCCAAAUGCGUCAUACUUCCCCUAUGAUACCCUCGAAGCUACCGUUGCUCAUCCUCAGCAAAGCCCGACUACCAAUCUCCUGAAGAAAAUUGAUCUUACCACAGCCCUCCAGUAUGGAACAGCUGAAGGCCUCCCCGUUAUGGCCGAUUUCGUCCGGCAGUUCACUCGCAAUCACCUCCACCCGAAUGUCCCCUAUGCCGGCGGCCCUGGCACCCUUCUCACGUGCGGUGCCACCGACGGGUUUUCCAAGGCCAUUGAAACCUUUACUAACCCGUGGGACCCUCGUCGGGAUUGGAUCAGUCAACGUGAGGGCAUACUAUGCGAGGAAUUUGUGUACAUGAACGCAAUCCAAACCGUGAAACCGCGGGGCCUUAACAUCGUUCCAGUAGCCAUAGAUGCGCAGGGUAUGCUUGCGCAUGGUAAAGGAGGAUUGGCCGACGUGCUUGAGAACUGGGAUUUCAAGAAGGGCCGUCUCCCGCAUCUGAUGUACACAAUUACUAUCGGCCAAAACCCGACGGGCGGGACCUUGUCGGUCGAGCGCAGGAGGGAGAUCUACGCUCUCUGUCGACAAUUCGACAUCAUCAUCAUAGAAGACGAUCCGUACUGGAACUUACAGUCCUCCGGGUACGAUUUUCUGGAUUCCUUGGUGCCAUCGUAUCUCUCCGUUGAUACAGACGGGCGUGUCGUGCGUCUUGACACCUUCUCGAAGACCAUAGCUCCUGGUUGUCGCUUAGGAUGGAUUACCGCUCAGCCAGCUAUAAUUGAACGCCUGACUCGUCUCACCGAGACAUCAACUCAGCAGCCAUCAGGUUUUGUACAGGCCAUGGUGGCCGAACUGAUUGUGGGUCAGCAAUCCGAGGAUGGCCAGAAUGCCACAGGUGCAAGUAAGAAUAAAUCUAAAAAGAGCGAACAAGCCUGGCAGAUGGACGGCUGGGUUCGCUGGUUGGAAGGCCUCCGUGCGGGAUACGAACAACGCAUGACGACAAUGUGUACAAUUCUCGAAGAGGGCAAGUACCUCAUUGACUCCGGUAGCGCAUGGGACGAUGCACAACCCAUGGCAGAGGAUGAGACCGCCUGGGAAGUCCUGGAUAAGAUGCAGAUGUACGAGUUCUCCUGGCCCACCGGCGGUAUGUUUGUGUGGGUCAAGGUUUGCAUCGAGACGCACCCCUUGCUUGAGAAGUAUGGCCCGGAGAAGCUGAUCCAAGCUUUGUGGCUGCAUUUGAUGCAAAAGCCGUAUUUGUGCCUUUCGGGUCCCGGAACCAUGUUUGCUCCUACAACGGAGCUUCUGGACCGGGCGCAGACAUAUUACAGGUUGUGCUUUGCGGCGAUGCCUGCGGAGGAUGUGUUGGGCAUUACUCGGAGGUUGGUAGAUGGAUUUCGCGCGUUUUGGCAACGGAAGAAUCUCGAUGGCUUGGAUGAUGAGGAGAUUGCUCUUAGUAGGCUGCAGGCAAAGGGUUCAGGCAACUUGUUGGGUUUGGGCUGCUAG